AUGUCUGACCCGAGCCUCGCCCGCGCCGCCCUGCAGAGCUGGGACGCCCACGCCGCCGCCUGGGACGCCAGCGUCGGCCUCGACGGCAACCUGUACUGGAAGGCCCUGCAGGAGCCCUGCCUCGGCCGGCUCCUCGGCGACCGCCUCGCGACCGUCCCGUCGUGCCGCGCGCUCGAGCUCUCCACGGGCAACGGCAUCGGCGCCCGCCGGCUGGCGGCAGCCGGGGCCCAGGUAACGGCCACGGACGGCAGCGAGGGCAUGCUGGAGGGCGCGCGCGGCGACGCCGGCGGGCGGAUCGGGUUCGAGAAGCUGGACGUCACGGAUGAUGCCGACUUUGCACCGUUUGUUGAGCGGGCUGCUGCGAACGGCGGGUUCGACGUAGUUCUCAUGAACAUGUCCAUGCACGACGUCGCUACCCUCGAGCCCCUCGCCAAACACCUCCCCCAACUUCUCACCAAAGAUGGCAUGUUCGUUGCGCAGCUGCUCCAUCCCGUCUUCAUGACAUCCACGUACUCAAAGUCCCUCGAUCUCUCCUUUGACCCCGUCACCGGCGAGCGCGUCAUCGUCCGCGGCAAGCUCAUCAAAGAAUACCUGAGUGUCAAGCCUUUCGGCCUGACCCUCGACGCUACACACUCAGCGCCACUGGUAUGA